AUGGCGCCUUCGAAGUGGGACGACGAAGAGGAAAGCACCCCUCCCUCAUCCCCGCCUCCAGUCGCCGGUCGUCGCAAAUUCGACGACGAGGAAGAUGACGAAGUCCUAGACUCGUGGGACGCAGCAGAAGACUCCGAAGUCGAACGCGAAAAAGCCGCCGCGGCCGCGGCCGCAAAAGCCAAAGCCGAAGCCGAAGCGGCCGCAAAAAAGAAAAGCAAAGCCCAACGCAUACAAGAACACCAACAAGAACGGAAAAAACUCGAAGAAGAAGAAGAAGACUCAGACGAUGACAGCAGCGAAGAUGAAGCCGAGCGCAGAGCCCGUUUACGCAAAACCGAAAAGGAUUCCGACCUAAAACACGCCGAGGAUUUAUUCGGUGAUAUCGAUUUGAAUCGUAACCGGGGGAAAUCAAAGGCUAUUGUGGUUGGGGAUGCGUCUGAUCCUACGAAAGCGAUUGAUCUUUCAGCCAUGCCGUUAUUCAAACCCACCACAAAGGAUCAAUUCGCGAACUUGACAAACGUACUUAUUCCGCUGUUGACGGCAAAUUCGAAAAAGCCGCAAUACGCGCUCUGGGCACCCGAGUUUGCGAAGCAGCUUGUUAAGGAUUUGCCGAGUGAUCAAGUGAAGAAAGUGGCUAGUGCGUUGACAACCCUAAGCAAUGAGAAGAUGCGCGAGGAGCGAGCGGCGGAUAAGGGGAGUAAGAAGUCAAAAGCGGCGAAGACGAAGACUUCACUCAAUACUGCGAGGGAUUUUGCCAAGGUUGAUACUAAUGCUUAUGAUGAUGAUGACUUGGGUGAUGACGAUUUCAUGUAAUUUUUGUCGGGUCGUCUUCUGUUACAGAAAAGUAUACCUUCUAUAUGCAUAGCUAUUGCUCGGUGUCUCAAUCUUGAUUUCUUCGUUUCUUGUCUUUCACCCUUCUUUUCUUGUGAGAUGAAGCCUUCUUUCCAGACAAAAGUGUAUGUGUUCAGCUUUGUUUAUACAUUACAUGUCUUUUACAUCUUGAUGAUAUGUACUUAUCAAGUGCGUAAGAAUAGAUUAAUAUAACUGCUUGUC